CUCAACUCCUCCUCCACAUCCAGCUUAUGCACCCCAGAUAAUAGUUCAAUGUCUCUUCUUGUAGGCUCUGAAUCCAGACAUUCCUAUCAACCUUAUCCUCCCUGAAAGCCUGUAUCAACAAACAACACCUGAAACAAUGGCAGCCCAAUGCCCCAUAACCACACCCCUCACCAAGCUGCUCAACAUAAAGCACCCAAUCCUCCUCGCCGGCAUGGCACGCACAAGCGGCGGUCCCCUCGCAGCAGCAGUCUCCAACGCGGGAGGACUUGGUUGUAUCGGCGGCCUAGGCUACACACCCACCCAACUCCGCGAAAUCAUCCACGAGCUAAAAGCCAACCUUUCCUCGCCCUCCCUAUCCUUCGGCGUCGACCUCGCGUUACCGAAAGUCGGAGAAGGAGCCAGGAAAACGAAUCAUGAUUACACGCAUGGGCAAUUGGAUGAUUUGAUCACGGUGACGAUUGAAGAGGGCGCAAAGCUGUUUAUUAGCGCCGUGGGGAUCCCGCCGCCGCAUGUUGUUAAGAGGUUGCAUGAUGCGGGGAUCUUGGUUAUGAAUAUGGUUGGGGCGCCGAAACAUGCGAAGAAGGCUUUGGAUGCUGGGGUGGAUAUUGUUUGUGCGCAGGGAGGAGAGGGUGGUGGACAUACUGGUGAUGUUCCGAACUCGAUUCUGAUUCCGGCUGUAGUGGAUGUGGCGAAGCAGUAUAAGCCAAAACUGCUUGGUGGACAGACGGCAUUGGUUGUUGCUGCUGGAGGAAUUUAUAAUGGAAGGAGUUUGGCUAGUAGUUUGAUGCAAGGGGCAACUGGAGUUUGGGUUGGUACUAGGUUUGUGGCUAGUACAGAGGCAGGCUGCAGUCAGGCUCAUAAGGAGAGUGUGGUUACUGCUAACUUUGAAGAUACUUUGAGAACGUUGGUGGUGAGUGGCAGACCUUUGAGAGUAAGGAGAAAUGAAUGGGUCGACAAAUGGGAAGCAGAGCCUGAGAAGAUCAAAGAAUUGACAGAGAAAGGGGUUGUUCCCAUUGAAUUCGAUAUGGAAGCUGGAAAUGAUGUUGAAAUUCCUUUUCUGAUGGGUGUUGUAGCUGGAGUCAUCAAGGACAUUCAACCAGCAAAGCAGAUUGUGGAUGAAAUGGUCUCAGAAGCAGUUGAGAUGUUGAAACAAGGACAGACAUUCUUAGGAGGACGAAGCAAGUUGUGAGGAUAAUAAGAAUAUAUAUUAC